GCAAAAUCGUAUUCAAGAGAAUUUGCUCAGUACUGUUACUACUGUACAAUACAACUGUGUAUGAUGCAUAAUAGCCUGUUGACUUUGUUGUCAAAGUGGGGGAUGGUAUAAGGCCUUAGCCUUCAGGCCAACAUGUAAAGCUAGAUGAUGGUUUAGAGAUGUCUUUUACUGACAAGCGACGAUUCGCCAAAGUGCGCUUGCUCAAAGAUCCAACGUUGAAACCUCCAAUCUCCGAGCUUGGUCCAGAUGCGCUGCUGGAGCCUAUGACAACAGACGAGUUCUUUCAGUUACUGAGAAAGAAGAAGAUUGCUAUUAAACCUCUUUUACUUGACCAGAGCUUCAUUUCGGGGAUUGGCAAUUGGAUCGCAGAUGAAGUGCUUUAUCAAGCAAGAAUUCAUCCUCUCCAAGUUUCUUCGAGCUUGUCCAAGGAGCACUGUGAAACUCUGCAAAAGUGCAUCAUAGAGGUCAUUGAUAAGGCAGUUGAAGUUGGAGCUGACAGUAGUCAGUAUCCCAGUAAUUGGAUUUUCCAUUCUCGCGAAAAGAAACCUGGCAAGGCCUUUGUUGAUGGGAAGAAAAUUGAUUUCAUAACAGCAGGAGGCAGGACAACUGCUUAUGUGCCAGACUUGCAAAAGCUUACUGGAGAACAAGCUAAGAAGGCAGCACUUGAACCAAAAGAACAAACGUCAGAUGGAGAUGAGGAUGAAGAAAAUCUGGAACGGAAGAAGGGAAAUAAAUCAAAACCAAAGAAAGCCCAGACCAAAAAGCCUCCUGCAAAAAGGAAAGGUAAGGCAACUAGUGACAAUGAUAAUGACAGUGAAGAUGACGAGAUGGAGGAGAAGAAGGUUGAAAAGGUCGCAAAAGGUAAACAAUCAAAGGCAAAGGUUGAAACAUCAGACAAACCAAAAGGCCGUCAAAGCAAGAACUCAAAGAAAACUUAGAACUUCAUAUCCGUUAUCAUAUGAACAUCUGUUUAAUUAGUUUAGAGUUCAAAAAUUAGUGUAAUAUUUGAAGAUUUCGGUCAUGCUUUGACUUUGAAUUGUAGGGAGAAAUCACAAUUUGAUGCAACAUUUUUUUUGGCAUUAAUAGAAGUGUUCUCUGCAUCA